CCCUCUCCUCGCACGCGCUGUCGUCGUCCGUUGGGAAUGGCGCACGCCCGUUGCUGCCGAUCCGCCGCCUUCCGCCGCCUCCUCGGUUCGCAGCCACCGUCUUCGCGCGAUGGCGUCACCAACCCGCUCUUGUUCGCAGCACAGGGCCUUCGCUACCGCAAGCUUGAGGUCAUCCUCACCACGACGAUCGACAAGUUGGGGAAACGGGGGGAGACGGUGAAGGUGGCGCCGGGGCAUUUCCGCAACCACCUGAUGCCCAAGCUGCUCGCGGUCCCCAACAUCGAGAAGUACGCCUUCCUCAUGCGGGAGCAACGCGAGCUUUACCAACGAGGAGUGGAAGCUGCAAAAGAAGCUCCUAUGAUCAAGGUAGAUAAAGGGCAAGAUCAGACAUCUGGGAGGGCGCUUGAUGAUUCUGGAGGGGCCAUGGUGGAUAAAAUGAAGGAAUAUCAUGCAGCGGCGAAGCGUCUUAAUAAUGCUCGCCUUGUCUUGAGGAGGUAUAUCAAAAUUGACAAUGAACUCCGUACACCCGUGACGAAGGAUGAAAUUGUUGCUGAGGUUGCGAGGCAGCUUUGUGUCAACAUACAUCCUGAUAACCUGCGCCUUCCAUCCCCACUUGGAUCUGCAGGAGAGUAUGAAAUCCCCCUCCUCCUACCAAGGGAGAUACCUCGCCCGGAAGGAAGGGUUCAGUGGACCUUAAAUGUCAAGAUCCGGAGAAAAUGAAAGCUGGCCUUUUAGUUCUGUUAAUUUAAAAUAAUAAAUAUCUUCAAGAAAUUU